UUGGAGUACAGAGAACUUCUGCAUCUCAAAGACAGUGAGAAGGGAGAUCUUUUAACUAAUGACGACAUCUAGCAAAGCUCCCUAAGCCAAUAUCAUUUGGGAAUCUCUCUGGACUCACUCCCUUCUCCUUUCGUUAACUUUUCCUUCCUAUGUAUUUACUGCUGACAAGAUACAGAUUGCUCCCGGAGCUUUUGCAGAAAAAAAAAGUAGUCAAAUAAUUGAAGAGAUUCCUGACAGCACAGAAGAACUCAAGCCUACGAAAAACUAGAUCUCAUGAAGGAUUCAUAAGGCCGAAAAAAGAAAAAAAUAUUUAUUCAACUUUUGUUUUUAAUUUAUUGACAUUACUAAUAUUAUUAUCUUUUUUUUUUCUUCUUUCACCAUAUUUAUUGAUUUUUUUUUUUCACCCUUGGAUUUUUUUUUUUCUUCGCUCAACUCAUUAUUAAAAGGGAGCAAUUACGUCUGUCUCUAUACCUUUUAUUCAGUCCAUUGGGACAGCUGGGAUUUCACCACCAAAAAUGACCUUGCUGGCCUCGGAGCGCUCACUGCUUAUCAGAAGCAAAUUCCGUUCAGAGGGGAGUGAGAGAAAAGGGAGUGGGUGUCUGAUCAAAUUACUGGAAUAAAUAGAAGUCCCCGUCACGAAAAAUCAUUCAGCUGCUCAGCACAAACGUUGGCCAGGGACAACUGCAGGGGGCAUGAAACUGCUGGAAAUAGAACAUGACCCAGUCUUAGUAUGUCUCCUUGGUCUUCUAUGUCAUCCCAGAACUAAAGAAAUAUGCUGGCAUGAAAUUUAACACACUGGUGGCAAUGUGGUCAGAAAACCUGUGCAGUUUGCCUUUAUACUACGGAUCCAUGGAUUUACAGGGAACAUGCAAUCAAAAAAAGAACUGAAAAGUAGAAGUAAAAUUUGAGCUUAUUAAGUUCUUCAAUUGCGGAUGCAACAUCGUCGCUCUCAAGAACAAAUGUCUGAAAGGAACCUAAUGGCAUCUGUCAAUAAAGCACAUACAAAUUGCUCCGAGCAAAAUGCAACUUUAGGACAUAAACCAGAGGAUUUCAUGAAGUGCAAGACUCAGAACAAACUCCACAAAGUGGCUGCCAUGAAGAUGCCUUUUUCUGAAGAUGGUGCAAUUGAAUCUGAUGAGCUUAAAGAGAAAAAAGUUCGCUUGGCUGAAGAUUUGAAUGAAAAAAUUUUACAUCGACCUGGGCCUUUAGAACUUGUAAAGAAAAACAUUCUGCCACUGGCAAAUGGGAUGAAAAAUGGAGUAAAAGACCAGGUCCAGAUCUCUUCAUCUUCUGAUACUUUUUCCUUUGAUGAUGACAUCACCAGCUCUUCUUCAUCCACCUCUUCUUCUCCUCGCUUUGCUCCUUCUCCUGGUCUUUCAGUUAAUCUGUCCCCAACACCCACAAGCAAUGCGUUUCAGUUGGAUCUUCCUCAAAUAAUUGAGGUGAACCAGCCAGUUGCAGGGGCUAUUGUAGAGGCUGACCCAUUGGCAACCAAUAGGCCAGUCAUCCAUCAUUCAGCACAGGCUUCAUCUGGAAUUCCUAAGGUUCCAGCAAAACCAUCUGACAUUGGAAAAAGCCAACGGCAAAAAAAAAACAAAGAUUCUAAACCCAAAGUAAAGAAACUCAAAUAUCAUCAGUACAUUCCACCAGACCAGAAAGCAGACAGGUCUCCGGUUGCAAUGGAUGCUGCCUAUUCUCGUUUGCUGCAACAGCAACAGAUUUUCCUCCAGCUGCAGAUCCUCAACCAGCAACAAAACCAAACUUUUUGUGUUCAAACAGUUCACCCUCUGACAACAAGUAUCUCAGCAGAUCAAGUGAUUAGCUUUACAGGAACUACGCAAGCUGGAACACCCACCAUAAAUCUCUCACCUGCAUCUGGUACAGUUAUGACGCCAGUACCCAAUUCACCAACAAACUCUCCUUUGAAACCAGAAAUGUUGCCAGCAAACUUGGAUGAUCUCACAGUUUCAGAAUUACGACAACAUCUACGCAAAAGAGGGCUACCUGUGUCGGGAACAAAGCCAGCUUUAUUGGAGCGCCUUAGGCCGUACCAAAUCCCACGUACAAAGACCAUUCCAGCCCCCAUUCAGAGUGCAGGCUUGUUAACUCCUGUCAUUGAACUGCCUUCACUACAAAAUCAGUCAUCACGUGAGACUACCCCUGUUGCACUUUGCACAUUUCAGAACUCCCCAUCACCAUCUUAUGCUGGGAGUCUUCAUGAGACAUCUGAAACGACCUGCAGUGUUACAGAGAGUUCGGAUACCCAGACACCCAAUCAAGACAAUGACAUGGCAAUGCAGGGAAUUGAUGAUGAGCAGGUUCUUCUCGAGAAACAAAAAGUAAUUGAAAACCUGACAUGGAAAUUACUCCAAGAACAAAAGCAAGCAGAAGACCUCCGAGUAGAAUUAGAAAUGCACAAACGAUUAAAAAACAGAAGAAAGAAUGAAAAGUUCAAUGCCAGGAUAUCUAUUAAAACAGAAGUAGAUGAAACUGUGACACUUUCUUGCGCUAAAGCACAAACCAAAGACACGCAAUAUCUAUAUAGUCUCAACAGUGACGGGUCUGAAUUUGCACCAUCUGCACAGGAGCAACUUAUGAGUUCAGAAGUCAGUGAAAGCUAUAUGGUUUUGCAGCCUUCCACAUGUGAGGUACUUGGCCAGGACUUUGAGCUUCCCAUGCAGAUCACAGCAAGUCCAGAAAGUCCUGUACAGAAGCCCCGAUCCUUUGAGGAAGAACUUCAGGAGGCCAUACAGAAAGCACAGAUGGCCAUUUCACAGUCAAUUGAUGACAUAUUAGAAGAUGAGCCACUAUUACAUACAGAUGAAUUAAUGCAUGUUGAUAACAUCUCAAUGGAAAACAUUCAUUCUGAUAUCAAUCAUCAAAACAUGUCACCUGCAGCCCAAAACAGUAAUUUCGCGAAACAGAUGCAGUGUUGCAGUGAUACUCAACCACCUUCAAUUAUGCCCAGUUCUGGAAUGCUAGAAUUUCCUGGGUCUGGAAAUUACGAUUUCUUUUAUGGUCAGGAUUGUCUUUCAGCUGUCUUUUCUCCAGAUCACCUUGAAUUGCCAUGUUCACCAGAUCAUCAGGAAAGCAUCAUGUCUCCAUCAUCUUCCUCUUCAUCUAGUGCUACCUUUGAUCCAGCAGACUGGCUAGAAGCACUAACAUCAGGAUCUACUUCCAAUUUUGGCCCUAAUAGCCCAGUCGGUUCUAGCAUUUUCUCUACUGACAUUUUCGACUCACCAGACUUAAGUAUUAACAGAAUGAUUGAUUUAAUGGUGGAGCAGUGGUAAUAUUACAAUUAAAAAGGACAUUAGAUACCAACAAAAUCUUCCCCCAAAUACAACUCAUAAAAGAAAGAUAAUCUUUCUUUUGCCAGCAGCUUUUGCUAGCCGUAUAAGAGGGUGGAAUGUGUGGUCAAAUCUCAGGACGUAUGAUAGAUGAGAAUGUGAUGACAUUGGUCACAGCUGCUUCCUGUAGACACUAUCUUGGCUGCACUAAUGCUGAACAGAAAUGUUUAGCAAUCAAAAGGAUUCAUUGUUGCUGAUACAUUUAUCUAUAAAACAUGGCUGUCUAUUUUACACAUUUUCAUUUAUGCAGGAAAUAAAUAAUUCAAUGUUUUAAAAAUUUCAAUUUAUAUUUGAAAAAAAUUAUAUACAUAUCGCUGAACUUGAAUGGAACCAGGAGUACCCGAUAGACUCAAAAUCAUGUAAUGAUCUACCUUCUAAAAUGUUUUUAAAUCAUAAUCUUGUAGAUCAUACAUAUUUCAUAGGACGGUUCACUAUUGAUUCAGUAUCUGGAUGAGAAUGGUGGAAUUCUGUAGAUGUCAGAUAGUAAAUGAACUGAUGGUAGAUGAUUUUAUUUCGAAGUCAAAUUUAUAAGGAACAGUUUCUCAAGGGUAAAUCUUUAUGACUCAGGUUACAUCAGUAUUGGUUUGUAUGGUGAUAUCAGCAUGUUAUGGUUAGUGUUGAGCGCGGAUAUUCGAAUCGCAAAUUUUAAUCGCAAAUAUCGCCACUUCGAGAAUAUUUUGUAUAUAGUGCUAUA